AUGGUCUGGGAUGGCAAGAGCCUGGUCGUCAUCUUUGCCGCCGGCGUCGCCGACAUCCCGCUUCCCCUUGCUGUGAUCAAAGCAAGUGGAUGCUCGGCAGGGUUUGCAGGAGACGGACGAAACGUGUACCGCAUCACCUGCCAGGCGCCACUCGCCGAUUGCGCGCCUGUUGCCGCCGCCAUGACCCCGCCGCUAUGCAACGAGACUCUCUCGCAGUGGCUGGUUGAGACAGCGAGCGGAGCGAGUCUCGUUCUCGAGUGUCCACUUGUCGGCUCUGGAUGCAAACUAGUGCUCGGCAGCAGCAGCGCGCUGGAGAUGUCGUGCCGAUCCGGUGCAUGUGUGCCCGCGAUCCCACCGCCACAGGUUCCGGCAGUGCCGGCGCCCAGCAUUGUCGGCAAGGCCAACGUGGUGAGCGGCGCGGCGCUGGCACUGAUAGGGUACCUUAUUGGCCUUGGUCUGCUCGUUAGCUGCAUCCGCCGGGCGACGACGAUGUAUGUCGAGACCAGCAGCUCAGGCAAGGAUGCAGACAGGACCAGCGAGCGGAUGCCGCUGCUGAGCUCGUCGAUCCAAGAGGUGGAGGGCGAGGAAGCGGCGGACGAUGCACUUGUCCGAUUUCUUUCACUUCCUGUUGUGAUGCGUGCCGCCGGGCGGGCAGGACGGGCGGCGGCGAGAACACCGGGCGAUGGGCCGGUGCUUGCAUUUUCGGGGGUUGGCUUUGCGAUCCGUGGGCGGCCUGUGCUCGACAGCGUGAACGGGACGGUGGGCGCCGGAAGCGUGCUGGGCAUUCUCGGGGCGUCUGGUUCGGGAAAAACGACGCUGCUGUCGUUUCUCUCGGGUCGACCGCUGGACGAACGGUUUGGCGAGGUAUCAGAGUCUGCUGCAGUCGUGCUUGCCGGCGAGAGCGUGCCGUGCGAGAGCGGUGCGCGGUGCGAUGCACUCUCUCACGCCGUGACUGCCGUGCUCGAUGGCAGCGCGCAGCCGGCUCUGCUCACGGUGUACGAGCGCGGCCCGAACGCCGACGAGCUGCAUGAGCUUGUCAUGGCGGUGCUAGAGGUGUUUGCGCUGGGUGAGGUUGCGCAUGUGUAUGCCAACGGGAGUGCGGCGCCGAUGCCGAGCGCGGCGGCGGCCGACGGACGUCCGGCAGUUGUGGGCGCUGACCGGUGCUCGUUGGCGUGCGGACCGGCCUCGGCGCUGUCGGGUGGGGAGCGAAAGCGGCUGGCACUGGCGUUGGGGGUGCUGCGGGUGGUGGCGCGGCCGGAAGCGGCGCGUGUGUUUCUCUGCGAUGAGCCGACGUCUGGGCUGGACUCUGCGCUGGCGCUGCAGGUGGCGCGGGUGUUGCGCGGGCUGGCGCGUGUGCUCCAGCUCGCGGUUGUUGUCACACUCCAUCAGCCGUCGCAGCGGCUACUUGCGGCCGGCAUCGACUCGCUCCUGGUACUGACCGAAGCCGGGAGGGCGGUGGUGAGCGGCACGCUGAGCGCAUGCCUGGCGGCGUACCGCGCAGCCGGGUGCGACGCCGGCGACGAGUGCGCCGAGCCGGGCGACUUUUUGAUUCGCAAGUGCCGUCAGCGACGCCUGCCAUCGCGCGGUGGUGUCGGCGGGACCGUGGCGCGGGCUGGACGUGCGGGCGACGCGGGGCUGGCGGUCUUUGGCCUCGAGCUUGGGGUGGCGCUGCAGCGGCAGGCACUGUUCUGGCUGCGGUCGCCGUGGAUGCUCACCAUGCAGCUGGGGGUUACGCUGGGAGCGUGUGGCCUCCUCAGCGGUAUCUUUUACGCCAUGCCGCUCGAUCUUGUCGGCGCGCAGAACCGGUGCGGCUUGCUGUUCUUUGUGCUCGCGCUCAACGCGCUCACCUCGCUCGGGGCCAUCCGGACCUUUUCGCGCGAGCUCGCCCUCGUGCUGUACGAGCGGCGCGGGGCGUGGUUCCGGUAUCCAAGCGUGAGCUACUGCGCCAAGGUGAUGCUUGACGUGGUGCUACCAGGCCUCCUGCAUCCGCUCCUCUACGGGCUGUGCGUGUACCCGUGGGUGGGACUGGAGCCGACAGUAGGCUCGCUGGCAAGAUUUGUGGGCUUGCUUGUGGGCUUCAACUGGAUGAACGGGGCGCUUGCGCUGGUCCUGGGUAUGUUGCUGGUCUCGUCACCGGCAGCGGCCAACCUUGUGGUCCUUGUGGUUUCGCUGUUCUCGAUGCUCUUUUCGGGCUUUCUAGUCUCGAGCGCCAGCCUCGCAACCGGGUUCGAGCCGGUGGCGGCGCUCUCGAGCUACAAGUACGCACUCGAGGCGCUGCUGGUCAACGAGCUCGGCCAGCGAGAGAUCGACUACAACCCGGUGGGGUUUCCGGGCAAGGUUCGUUCGGGCGAGGUCAUUCUCGCCGAGUUGGGCAUGAAGAACUCGCAGAGCCAGAUCCGCAACGACACCGCGGUGCUGUUUGCAAUGGCAGCGACACUGGCCGUGAUCGGAUACGCGGUGUUUCGGUUGCGGCUGCGGUGAGGGCGCUAGCGGUCGGCGGGCGUGGCACCACGGGCACCGGAUGGGUUUUUCGGCUGGACCGGCGAAGCCGGAGCGACGACGACGCGGCGCGAAGGAAUACCAGGGCCGCCUCCCGGAGCAGAGAGCACAAUCUUGCGCUGGAGGUCGGCGUCGGGUGCGGGGGCCGGGAGUGGCUGGGAGAGGCGGGCGGCCGAGGUGGCCUGGGCGAGGACAAGCUCGGAGCGAGUGAGCUUCUUGCCACGGGCGGCACGGCGCGAGGCGCGGAGGACGCGGCGGCGUGGAGCUUCGGGCACGACGGGCGGCUGGGUAAAGAGCGCGUGGCGGGCG